AUGAAUCCGUGCGCACCCACGUUUGUACCAACCUUGGAGGAAGGCUUCUCCUCUGGAGAAGAUAGUUCUUUGCCUCCAUCAAGAGAUCCAAAGCUCCCUGGCCGAGAGGACUCUCUUAAACCACAUCGUAGCAAAGAACUUCCUUCCAUCACUGUCGACUCAGACCAAUAUGAUACCAUGUUUCCCGCCCUUGAGGGAGUGCAUGUUGAUGGGCGAAAGAUUCGCAGUCCGAUACAAGUAAAGAGACGAGACAAGAAAUCCGAGGAACCUAAGCUGACUGGAAGCCAGAUUCGACGGUCGACCCCGGGCGGCGAAGACAAGACAGUCAUAGAGUACGAAAAGCCCGAGGACCAGGAGGCUGAAGAUGACAAUGAGAGUGAGAACGGUGAUACCUCUUCUGAUGAGGUAGAAUACCUCAAGCCAACUGUCUAUACUCCGAGGAAGUCACUGGAGUACCUCCAACCAACCGUCUACACCCCUCCGACUUCCUCUCAGGAGAGCCGUAGACGCUCUGGUAUAGGCAGAAGAACUGCGCGAUCAGCCGCCAGAAACAGGAGUAAAUCUCCUAGGGUUGCGUGGAGGCCCCCUACCCCUCACCCAGAAGGCAAACCACGAGCGUCAAAGUCUCGUCGCUCUCCGACCCCUACCACCCAUGUGAACGGACCGGCACGAUAUCCAUCUUCCGCGCCUUACCCGCCUCCUCCCUACAAUCACUAUUACCCAGGACAUCACACACAGGUACCGCAACAACAUGUCGAAUACGGACCAAUCAUUGUGCAGCCCAUGUCACAACUUAUGGUGCCUCCUGUGUUGUCGUACGCAUCUUGGUCUAUACCCUCGCUUCCUUGGUCAGUACCUGGGGCUCAGCCCACGGAAAUCGGGUAUCCUCCUGGUUUUGAAUACCAUAACGAGCGUCCAUAUGGCGCCAUGCUCACCGGCCAUAUCAGUGCGGUGUACGGACCGCCUCCUCCACAGGCUUAUCCCCAUCCUCAGCCACAAGUCCACCAACAACUGCAACAGAGCCAGGCGGAAACAGAACGCGAUACCCACAUACAGACUUUGUCUCCUCCGUCUACCGAAACGGAUGAUACAACACAUUCUUCGCAUAGUAAACCAGGCAAAAGCCGACAUAGGCAAAAGAAAAGCAUUUCGAGCUCUGGCUUGGCUAACGAUGGUACCGCCAUCAUAACUCCCCUGAAGACUCAGAUGAUGUCGGUGCCUGCGGGUAAAGACCGUCGACUUCUCGGUGUUGGUUGCAAUGACGAUACUAAGCGAGAGCAAAUCGGCGAGGAACUCCGAGAAGUUGCUGAACACACCAAAGCCACCGGUUUCAUUCCGACGCGACAGGUCAAAUCUGCGCAGGACUCUCCCAGUGCCCUGCGAGCGGCGAAGAUCAACAUCAAACGUGAGAGUCAACCUCAAACUCAGGAAAAGACUCAAGAGACGGAUCAGAAACCGAGUAAAGCGCCUCAAAAUGCUCCAACCGGUCCAUCUUCUUUGCGUUCGCUACCUCAGUCUUUCAGUGCAACCGUGAAAAAGGCUUUGAAUUUGAAUAAGUCCGAUUCAGGUGCUUGGUCUCAAUCCAAGAGCUGGACCAGCUUCGCUACAAAGGAGCGUCAGGCCUUUCAAAAAAUGAUGGCUAACUUGCGCUACAUGAGUGCAGAUCAGUCGCCCUUCGUUCCUCAAAGUCCAGCAGAGCUAACAGCGUUCAAGGCUGCUUUGGCGGAAUCGAAGACGAAGAAACUCGGUCAAGAGGUGCGGCAGCGUCUUGCAGAAACUAACGCGAAAACUGCCAAGGGUUCUAACAAGAACGAGCCCAUGAUGGAAGUUCUGGGCGGUAAGGAUUUCGAAGACCAUCUUUCACCUGUUUUUGCGGUCGCCAACUGCUUCAACAAAGCCCAGGUGAGGCCCCCUUAUAGAGCCGACUGGCCAUCUCUUGCAGAGCUCAAGGAAGAGGGAGACAAACGGGCCAAUCGGCAAGGUCGAUGUCUGCCUCUUCCGCGAAUGGAUUUUGUUGCUUCCAAGUUCUUCGAUGCAAUCGAUGAAGCUUAUAACUCGGACGGGUCAAUUCGUUGGGACAGGAAGGCUGUCCAGGUUGGGCUACGUUAUAUCUGCCCCAUUGCAGGAGACGAGCAUUCUAUGACUCCUCCGAUUGAACUUCAAACGGACGAAGCUCCGUCCUUUCUUGCAUGUUUGCUUCAUUAUAUCGACGCCGUCGAGGAUGAGACAAAAGAGGUGGAGGAAGAGAAGAAAUCCGGGAAGGAGAAUGAGGUUGAGAAGAAGGAAACUGCAAAGUAG